AAAAAAUCAUAAAUCUGUAAAAAAACAAAAUUGUAAACUGCGGUAAGAAAUAAUACUAGCACGAUUAUUCUCUUCCAAUAAAAUGCUGUGAGGUAGUUUACUAGAAGGAUAGAAAAUCCCAAUUGGAAAAGAAAAAAAAAAAAAAGGGUUAAAGGAGAUAUUUUGAGGUUAUUUCCUUACGGAUUAGCGAUUUCUAGUACUAACAUUUUUUGAUACUCAAAAUCCGGUCAUUCUUUUGUCUCCCUCUUUCGGUGGACAAUGGAAGCAACUCUUCUCGGCUCCCAUCGCUUCCUCCCUAGCCUCCUCUCAACAAAACCACUUCAAAUUCCAGCUGGACAUGUGGCUCGUGACCUACGAUUUUAUCAUCCACUCUAUGCCAAACUCCACCACACUCUCAAGAUGAAAUUGGUAAACUGCAGUAGAAGCCAUUUUGUGCUGCCAAAUAGAUGUUUCCAGUCAAAAACAAACAGAAAAUGGUCGAGCAAUUCUUCAGACCAGCUUCGAAGUGACUAUGUAAAUGUUGAAUCACCAUCCUCAGAGUCUCUAAAUCUGGAGGUUGUUCCUUCAAGUUCAGAUAAGGAGACAGAUAUUUCCAAUUCUAAUGGUGUUAAUAGCAUUGAGACUUCAUGUGAUAGACCAAAAUAUUUUAGAAAUAGAUUUCUAAACUUUGUAUGUCUGAGUUCUGUGAUGAAUAAUGCUGCGGAGUCAUUCUUUAAGAGUGAGAUUCGAAGGAGGCUAUUUGUGACAGCUAUACUGCUUGUAAUUAGUCGUGUUGGGUAUUUCAUUCCUCUACCUGGAUUUGAUAGAAGGUUGAUACCUCAAGAUUACCUUAGCUUUGUCUCUGGGUCUGUUGAUGACCUGGGUGAUUUUUCUGCGGAGCUUAAACUGUCCUUUUUUCAGCUUGGUAUCAGCCCUCAGAUAAUUGCAUCUAUAAUUAUGCAGGUACUCUGUCAUGUUGUUCCAUCCUUAGUUAAGUUGAGGAAGGAAGGAUUGGAUGGCCACGAGAAGAUAAAGAGUUAUAUAUGGUGGAUUUCACUUGGCUUUGCAAUAUUAGAAGCUGUUAUAGUUGCUUGUUAUUCUCUUCCAUAUUCAAUUUAUGCAGCCAGUUACAGGGUCAAGCAUGUGAUGGUGACUGCUUUUCUAUUGGUUUGUGGUGCAAUGACUAUGACAUGGAUCUGUGAUACAAUAUCAGAAUCCGGAUUUGGUCAAGGUUCGUCUCUAAUUAUAUGUGUUGGAAUAUUAACCGGGUACACUGAUACACUAUACAAGAUGUUGACUCAGCUCUCAGGGAGUGCUGUGAGUUGGUGGCCAUACAUGCUUGCUGUACUGGGUGUUUUUACUGUAGUCACAAUGUGGGCAGUUGUUGUAACUGAGGGUUGCAGGAAAAUAAAGCUGCAGUACUAUGGAUUUAAACUAGCAUCUUCGGCAAGGGAUGAUUCCCCAAUAACUGAAGUAGAACCCUAUAUUCCUUUUAAUAUUAAUCCGUCAGGAAUGCAGCCUGUUCUCACCACCACUUAUCUCUUGGCAUUUCCAAGUAUUGUUGCUAGUAUCCUUGGUUCGCCUUUUUGGGAGCAUGUUAAGGAGAUAUUGAACCCUGGAACAUCCAUUGGUGCAGAGCCAUGGGUUUACUAUUCAAUAUAUGCGUUUUUUGUUUUUUUGUUCAAUAUAUUUGAUAUUGCCAACUUGCCGAAGGAAAUAGCAGAUUACCUGAAUAAGAUGGGUGCCAGGAUACCAAAUAUAAAGCCUGGGAAGGCUACUAUUGAAUAUCUCUCAAAGAUUCAGGCAUCAACACGUUUUUGGGGAGGGCUACUGUUAAGUAUUUUGGCAACUACAUCAACCGUACUUGAUCAUUACUUGCGACAUAUCAAUGAGGGAUUUGCAAUUGGGUUUACAUCAAUUUUAAUAAUUGUGGGUUCCAUAAUUGAGCUAAGAAGAUCCUACCAAGCAUAUAAUGUCAUGCCAAGUUUAAGCAAAGCUCUAAGGCGAUAUGGGGUGUAACAUUUCAAGAGGCUCUUCACAUCCUUGGAGUGGUGCAGAGAUCCACCGCAAGAUAUUGGUAUUGAGUUGUUAUGUGGUAGCUUUGAGUUAAAUUCUGGGUUCAACGUGAGAACAAUUUUGUUAAUACAGUUUGGUUGAGUUGCUGCUGCUGCUGCUUUUGGGGAGUAAAAGAUGAAAAGCCUAACUUGAUUUUUUAGUUAAUCAUCUCACUUCGCAAGCAGGUUCUUAUUCUUCUGAAUCCUCAUUUCUGGAUUUGGACAUGGCUUCUCUACUCUGUGAGAAGUGGAUUUUAGUUUUGAGUUGUUGUAAUACGGUUAGUGGAUGUAUAUACACAACAGGUGAAGCAUGUUUCCGCAGGAAGGGAUGUGAUAUCUCCCGAUUUCUAUAGAUUUGAGGUGUAGAUGGAUGUAAGUUGUAAGGUAAGGCAAUUUGACGUUGGAUUCCCGGUCGAGAAUACGCAUGGUUGUGAUUGAUAGCCGAAGGGGGUGUAAUUUUUGUUUCAUUUAUCCAUCUAAACACACACCACUAAUUCAUGAGAGAGUAUGAAUUCCUGAUCAUUUACGCUUACAUGCCCAG